AUGUCUUUCUCGGCGUCCCGUAUGCUCCUGCGCACCCCUCAGAUUGGCCGCAUUGCCGUGCGCCACGCCUCGACGACAUCCGAAGCAGCCAAUGCUGUCUCCAAAGCCGCGUCCAAGGCCACAAGCCAGGCUUCGCAAGGUCUCUCAAAAGUCGAGUCGUCGGCCGAGUCCGGCAUCUCAAAGGCUGCCGGAGCUGCCGGCAGCGCUCUGAACAGCAUUGGCGGCCGCACCGGACAGGUCAUCAGCUUCGUUCAGUCCAUGGUCCCUCCCACUGUCUACUACGGCAAGGUUGGCCUUGAGCUCGCCAAGCUCAUCGCCCGCGGCCAGAAGAUGAGCCCCCCUAACGUCCAGACUUUCCAGACUUACGGCCAGAACCUGAUGAGCGCCGUCAAGAACCCCAGCGCCAACACCCCGUCAAACCCCUUCCAGGCCGUGCGUAACAUUGGCACCUCUCAGCUCGUCACUGCUGGUGUUGUGGUGGCCGAGAUCAUUGGCUUCUUCACCGUCGGCGAGAUGAUCGGACGCAUGAAGCUCAUUGGUUACCACUCAAGCUCUCACGACGAGCACCACUAA